CUAAUUCUCUUCUUUCUCAUCUUCAUACUCAUUCGCCUCUCUCAUUGAAUUCUCUAAACCUUCGUUCAAAAUUCAGCAUGGAUUCAUCAUUUUUUCCAACAAGUAGAUCCCCCAGAAAAGAACUUCAAGGGCCACGUCCGUCACCUUUGAAGGUUCGUAAAGACUCGUACCAGAUCCGAAAACCUCCACUGGCACCACAGUCAGUGCAUCAACAACCAACAACACAGAUAAGGCCUCCGGUUAUCAUCUACACUGUGUCACCAAAGGUGAUCCAUACAAACCCGAGCGACUUCAUGAACCUAGUGCAAAGCCUCACAGGCUCGACAUCGUCAUCUUCGUCGUUGAUAUCCAAUCACCCGAUACUCAACAAUACAAGCAGCGGUGCAAUAUCGCCGGCAGCCAGGUUCGCUACAAUAGAGAAAACGAAGCCAGCUACAGAAGGGAAAAAACAACAGGUUUAUGAAGAAAACUAUGGGUUUGUGGAAGGCAUAAAGGUGAAUCCAGGAGUUGAAAGAACAAGUUUCCUGCCGGGGAUUUUGUCUCCUGGGCCAACCUCACUGCCUCGAAUAUCACCAAGCUUCUUCUCACCACCGUCCGAUCCAAACUCAAUCGGUUUCUUCCAUGAUUUGAGCCCUGUUCUUCAUGGAAAUAAGAAUUUCAUAGAAGGUAGUUUCAUGCCUAGUCCUUCAAGCUUUAACAUUUCACCUUAUUUCAUACCAUCUCCUACUACACCAUCAAUAGACCAUUUCAACAAUUUCUUCGACCUGUAA